AUUGAUGACUCGGGGGUAGAUUCCGGCUUGCUAUCCGUCAGUCAGAAGCAGACGACAACAAAUAGUCUAUCUCACGUUGGUUACUCAAAAUGGAAUCGGAAGAUCAAGUUGUUGAGGAAGUUUUGGAAAAUGAAGACGAUGAUGAAUCCCUGUUUCAAGACAUUGAUAUGCUUCAAAAUCAUGGAAUUAACGUAGCAGACAUCAAAAAAUUAAAGCAGGCGGGAAUAUGUACAAUCAAAGGAAUUCAAAUGACAACGAAGAAGAGACUUUGUAACAUCAAAGGAAUUUCGGAAGCGAAGAUGGAAAAGAUAAAAGAAGCUUCAGGAAAACUCAGUGAUGCCGGAUUUCUAACUGCGCUUGAGUAUUCCGAUAAAAGAAAACAGGUCUUCAGAAUUUCUACAGGCAGUCAAGAAUUUGACAAACUUGUUGGUGGUGGACUAGAAAGCAUGUCUAUAACAGAGGCUUUUGGGGAAUUUCGCACAGGGAAAACACAACUAUCGCAUACAUUAUGUGUCACAACUCAACUGCCAGGCGCCAAUGGUUAUACCGGAGGAAAAGUAAUGUUUAUUGAUACAGAGAAUACCUUUCGCCCAGAUAGACUGCGAGCAAUUGCUGACCGAUUUAACUUGGAUGAAAGCGCAGUUUUAGAUAACGUUCUAUAUGCAAGAGCAUAUACAAGUGAACACCAAUUUGAACUGCUAGACUUUGUGGCUGCGAAGUUCUAUGAAGAGCCUGGCGUCUUCAAACUUCUGAUCAUUGAUUCCAUAAUGGCUCUCUUUAGAGUGGAUUUCAGUGGCAGAGGUGAACUUGCUGAUAGACAACAAAGGCUUGCCCAAAUGUUGUCGAGAUUACAGAAAAUAUCCGAAGAGUACAAUGUAGCAGUAUUUGUUACAAAUCAGAUGACAGCUGAUCCAGGAGCGACGAUGUCAUUUCAAGCUGAUCCAAAGAAGCCCAUUGGAGGAAACAUAUUGGCGCAUGCAUCAACAACAAGACUUAGUCUACGGAAAGGAAGAGGAGAAAAUAGAAUAGCAAAGAUAUAUGAUAGCCCUGAUUUGCCUGAGAAUGAAGCAACGUAUGCCAUAACAGCAGGUGGUAUUGCUGAUGCAAAGGAAUGAUCAAAGUAUGAUGCGAACUGUAACAACGCGUAAAAACCAAAACAUUCCUCUUCAAUCAGACAAAUGCAACUUCCACGAACAUCCAUUUUUGUUCAUAUUUAAUUAUAAAAUCAUGUUCAUAUUUAAAUCUGUUAUUUACAUAAAAUAAAAAUCUUUGAA